AUGGCGUUGUGCGGCGAGCAGACGCUUUACAUCACCCCCUUUGNUCCUCUCUACCUGGCACCAUAUUCCGCCAGUGGCGGCGCUCUGGGCCUGUCGUCCCUGUCCCCAGAGUCGUGCGUCUCCGUAAUUGUGUCCAACUACCGCCUGCGCGUCCGCCACAUCGUGACGAAAAGCCACAAGCCCGUGGAGCUCCCGCUCACGGCGAUUGAGAGUGUGCGACACCACCGCACUGGCGACUGCGCGUGGCUCGCGGUGAAAGGCAAGAUGACACUGGCCUUCCGCCUCGUCGCACUCAACGCGAUGUACAACACGGCCGCUAAUGUCACAGAGGUGGGGUCGCCGUGCACUACAGCGAAUGGUGUGGUGGGUGUGGUGAACUCCUCCGAGGUCCUUUUGAGGGUACUGCAGGCCAUUCAAAAGGCGUUACCGCGAAAUACGAACGACCUCUUUGCCUUUGCGUACUUUUCGGCCCUGAAGCGCUUGUGUGCUGCGAACACACACGCAGAGGAGAAGCGGAAGUCUUCUCUAAGCAACACGGGUGUGGUUCUUCGGGACGAAGGUGCUUCUGCUGACGAGGAUGGCGUGGACGAAAGGGGGUUCAUGAAUGCCUCUGAAAGCCGAGUUGUUACUCGGUCGCUCGACAUCUGCAGAGGAAGCGAUGCAGGUAAGGCGGUAGAAGUGGGAAUUUCAAACUAUGCGGCAAGAGAAGGAGAGAGCUGCGGCUGCGCGAAGGCCACAGUGACUUCUUCUGAGCCGAUGGGGCUCCACUUGGAAGAAGCAGACGGCCUCUCUCCUGCUGCACGGCCCUUUCUUUCCAUGCUGGAAGUGAUGCCUAGAAGUGGCGUUGCCGAGUUGGUCCCACGUGCCAUUUCUGAAGAGCAUCACCGAUUGCAAAUGCAUCACGGCACCAGUUUUCCAAUGUGCGAUGAUAUGUCAGGUCAGGGAGGAGCAUCAAACAAGAGCUACUGGAAGUCCUCUUGUAAAGAGAUGCAACAACUGGAGGCCGAGACUCGGUUGAGGGUAAUAAGAGGAACAAAUAACAAUGUGGGCCGAUGCAGCAUUAUCGAUGGCGGCAACCAGUACGACUCGGCGUGGUAUGCCUACAAUCUUGAAGAGGAAUUUAACCGUAUGACACAUCUUCCACAGCUGCUGGAGCAAAAACAACAAGAACAGAAUUCUUCACAACAUAGAAGGACAAAAAAUGGUAGCAAUGUGACUGUUGCUUUCAAACCUGAAUUAGGAGUGGACAUUUCGGAUUGGUUUCACAUAAUCCCUCUUUCGCGGGCGGAUCUCUUUAGUACAUAUCCGUUCAGCAUUAUUGUCCCUCGCCGUGUCACGGUGGAUCUCGCAGAGCGCGUUGCACAGUACCGACACAAUGGCCGCAUUCCAAGUAUUUCGUGGAUUCAUCUUGAGACGGGUGCAACACUUUCUAGAGCGGCUCAGCCUAGUUCUGGUAGCCACAUGUCAAGUUAUGCUGACGCGCUGUUUUGCAGCUUCCUAACUCCGGCCUUCCAGCAACCAAGCAAUGGAGCGCAACGAGGGUUGAGUGAACCCUCCCAAAAAGUGGUAAAGGCGGACAGGGUACCGAAAAGACAACGGAGUCUUCUCGCUAGUACGAAGGAAAGUGGUGGGGAUUGGAUCUCUACUGGCGUAGGCAAGACGAAUGAUACACAACCGGGUUUGGAGUUGACGUUUGACCGCGAUACUUCCUCCUGCGACAGCAUGAUUGCGCCUGGCUCUUCACGAGGUAAAAAGACACGGCCACCAUUACCUUUUCGUGAGGAUAAUGACAUCACGGAUUUUAGACAUACGGAGUCGGAGAAAGGGCGACUGCAUUUUAUCGAUUGCCGCUCUCGUGCAGUGGCAGCAGCGAACUUUCCGACGGGCGGAGGAUAUGAGAUAGUGCGCAAUUAUAACCGUGCAGAAAUUCACUUCUUAGGCCUAGACAAUAUUCAUGCCGUGCGUGCUACUUUCACCAAGUUAGCGAAGCUGUGUGUGACUGUUCAGCGCAAUGAUGCGGUGCGUGUGGCAGACAACAAGGUCCCAGGGAGCCAUUUCUGGACGAAGCUCGAUGGAACAGGAUGGCCGGAGAUGAUUGUCAAGAUUAUCUGGUCCUCCUGGUUCGUGGCGGAGAAAAUCGUUGCGGGUGACAGUGUGUUGGUGCACUGUACGGAUGGAUGGGAUCGCACCUCGCAGGUAGUCUCACUUGCCAUGCUGCAGAUGGAUGGGUACUACCGCACCGUUGAAGGGUUCUGCAUUCUCAUCAUGCGUGAGUGGCUGGAGUUGGGCCAUCGGUUUGGUGAUCGGUGCGCAAACAACCGAUCAGGUGACGGCUCCGUCAGAAUGGCCGCCGCUGGUGAAGAUGGCAACUCACCUUCAGUUGCAGCAACGAGGACAGUUAGUGGGCAGGCGUCACUGGGCAGCGGGAGNUCGGCGACUCAUAAUCACGGUAAAAGCACACAAGUUUCCCCUGUGUUUGUGCAGUUUAUUGACGCAGUGUAUCAGCUGUUUUGUCUUUUUCCGAGUGAAUUUGAGUUUACGCCACGUUUCUUGCAAUAUAUACUCGACGAAGUGUACAGUUGUCGGUUCGGCACUUUUUUGUACAAUUGUCACCGCUCCCGCUACCGUCACGGUGGCGUAACACGCCACACAGCGUCAUUCUGGGGUGAAGUUGAAGAGCUCGUGCGCAAUGAGCGUGAAGACUCGGCGUGUGUUCCUGCACAGGAGAAGCUGUUGAACCCAUUUUACAUUCACCCAGAGGCACACAUGGCGCGCGAAUCAACAACAACCCCCGCUCCACUGCGAAGCAAAUAUCUGACCCACCGUCUUGUACCGAACUUUAUGAGUUGUCGCUACCGCUUCUGGCAAUCGUUGUAUUGCUGCUACAGCUUCGCAGAUAUGGCGGGAGGCAACAAUGUUGUAUGCCCCGGUUUGGAGCACCUGGUCCCGCUCAUUGACAGUUGGCUCUGGCACACCGUAACGACACGGAGGGAAACUACAGAGGGGGGCCAGGGGGAGGGGAAGAAGAACACCAAGAAGUAUCGUUUGCGCACCAUGUUUCGAAAACGCAUUUUCAUUACCUCCCAUGCUGCGCGUGCGUGCGGAGGGCUCCCCAAUCUCAACUACGAUGGCAAGAGUGCUGGUGGAGCAGCCCCUCCAAUCACACCUCUUCUUCGCCCCGGCGAUGAACACACCUUGCUGGCAGCACCGCUCGGUAUUACCACCACCUCUAGUCUAACUGCAAUGUUAUCUGUGGAAGGGGCUGACUCUGUAAGCGAGAGAAGCGGCAGCAGAGAAACCGGGUUCUCCUACCCUGUCAAUUGCAGUCCAAUGGAUGUAAAACGUCCUUUUGUAUUAUCCUGUGGCUGUGGUAGCUGCAGUGACAGCAGCAUGCCGCACCGCAUUGAGAAAGAGAAUUACAUGACUCGUUCAAAGUCCAAGUCGUGUGAGGUGUGUGCGGCACCAUUUACGUUCUUCUUUCGUCGGCAUGCCUGUCGACACUGCGGCCGCGCAGUGUGUUCGCGUUGUGGGGGACGGUUUCUGCGGUUACCACCUUGGUUGAUAUGCCUUUAUGAGGAGCGCGACGCCACCCACGCGGUGCGCAUCUGUAGCAUCUGCUACAGUAAGGUGAUUCACCAUUUAACCACUUCACAGCGCAAGUUGUAA